AUGGGAAGCGGCCUACCUACCCCUCCAUUGGAGGACCAGAAGUCCAGGAAGAACUCCUCAUCCAGCUCAAAGUCCAUCAAGGCCAACCGCCACACCGCAAAGCGCGCCAGCCCUCACAACGCAACAUCACACCAUGACCACCCCGCCUCUGCAAUGUCUGCCGACGGUCGUCACAAGAGAGUAUGGAAGGCUUGCGAGAGGUGUAGAAUGAAGAAGACCAAGUGCGACGGAGAGUUCCCUUGCAAGAGAUGUAAGGACGACGGUCUCGUCUGCACUGCCGGUGUCCGCAAGAAGACGGAAUACAAGCAGCUCCCUCGAGGAUACGCCGAGGUCCUCGAGCACACCCAAUUCGCCCUCAUCGCCACCGUUCACAAGUUGUACUCCAUGGUCAGGAAUAACCAGCAAUGGGACCUUGGCGAGCCUGAGCUCAACGACCGAGGACAACCUGUCAUCCACAACAUUGCCCAGAAGCUUGGCUGCAUUCGCCCCAACUCAGAUAUCGACCUUCCCGUCCACUCUGUCUUCCCCGAAGACGAAGCAGGCCUCGCCGAAUUGGCGCGCCAACUGGAGGAGCAACAGAAGGAGCGCGAUGCAGAGAAGGCAGCUACCACCACCAGGAUACCUACAGAACUUGACUCGGCUUCGUCUUGCGAACGCUCCGACCGCGCGAGCUCCUCUGAGCUCGACCACUCCGAGUUCGAGGCCGACUACCGCAAGGCAGUCUUUGGCCAGCACAACAACCCGAUGACCAUGUCUCCCCAGAGCUUCUCGACCGGCUACACCGAGUUCGAUGUCGACUCUGUCGCCUCACCAGUCGACCCCACCGCCGCAAUGUUCCAUAACCAGUCCCCGACCAUGAACGCCUACGUACCACAAUGGACCAUGCCUCGCCAGGCAGCACCGCCCCAACCACCAGCAAUGGAUCUCGCCCAGCAGUUCUUCCAACAACAAAACGGCGCCCUCUCCAGCAUGGACAUGCUUAAUCAGGGCCUCAUUGAGAACGAAUUUGGCACCAUCAAGCCUCACGUCCUCUCAUGUCCGAACCCCGAGGUGAUGAUGGGCAUGGGUGACCCAAUGAUCUACGGGGGCUACGACGGCGAGCCGAUGCGCCUAUAA